AUGAUACAAGAAGUCUGGAUUGUCUUCGAUUGUGUCACAAAACCAUUCAAACAUAGUUACGUGUUUUUCCAGACAUUCCAUUCCGUGAACUUUACACGGAUACAUCCCCAACUGGCAACGGCUGCAUCGAAUUCGUCACGUCCUUCGUCUAUCUGGCUCAGAAGUUUCCAACACUGGCAAGUCUCUCUCUCUCUCUCUCUCUCUCUCUCUCUCUCUCUCUCUCUCUCUCUGCUCCAUCGCUAUUUCCAAGGAAAAUCUCCGGCUACAAUUUUAUCAUCAUCUUUAUCACUCAUUUCUUUGUCGCUUUCUUUUGUCAUCGUUCUUCAUUGGUUUCCUAUCUUUCUUUUUAAAUACUAUUCUCCACUUUUUUCUCCGAAUACUUUCGCUUUCUUUCUUUCUUUCUUUCUUUCUUUCUUUCUUUCUUUCUUUCUUUCUUUCUGUCUAUUUCUUCAUUCUUUCUUUCUUAAAUGCCUCUCUCUAUUACAUAUAUAUGUAUUUUUCUCUGUAAAAAAAGAUUUCUUAUUUAUUUGUUUCUUUAUUCUUAAAUACCUCACGAUAUUUUAUAUAUUUUUCUCUUUACAUAGAUUUCUUUCUUUCUUUUUUCUUAAAUACCUCACGCUGUUUUAUAUCUUGUUCUUCUCACAUAAAUGUCUUUCUUCCUUUAAUUCUUUCUUUCUUUCUUCCUUCCUUUUUCUUUUUUCUUUCUUUAUUCCUAAAUACUUCCCUCUAUUUUAUAUAUAUUUCUCUUUACAUAGAUUUACUUCUUUCAUUCUUUCUUAUAUACCACACGCUAUUUUAUUCUUUCAUUCUUUUAUUCUUUCAUUCUUUUAUUCUUUCAUUCUUUCUUAUAUACCACACGCUAUUUUUAUAUUUUUCUCUUUCCAUAGAUUACUAUCUUUCUUUCUUUCUAUCUUUCUUUCAUUCUUAAAUGCAUCACUAAAUUUCAUUUAUAUUUUCUCAGUAAAAUAUAUUUCCUUCUUUCUUUAUUUCCGUACUACAUUUAUUUUUCUCUAUCAAAUGUUCUUCUUAUCAAUAUAUACGCUUGUUGCAAUUUCACCUAUCUUUUUUUUUAAUACUGUGACUUUCACUGGCAAUGUGUUGGUUUUAUUGACUGAACCAAGUUCCAAAAAUAUUGAUUCUUUCUUUAGUGUUUUUUUCUAUGUCUUCUCACGAAUCCAUUUAUAG